UAACCCAUUAUUUUCUAUUUACUUAUUUUUUUCAUCAGUGGACAAAACAGUAUCGUCCCCGUUUGUUAGUGUUUUUCUUUAUCCGCCUCCGCUCCUGCUGUCGUCCUCAUUUUCUUCUCCACUUCAUAAACCCUAAACCCUAGAACCCUCUCCUCCUGGGGUAUAGAAACGGAAAACAGAGAACAGCUAGAGAAACGAAAAGAAAAAAAAAAAAGAAAAGAAAAGCAGAGCCUGGGGUUCUGAUCAAUAUCUUCUCAAUGGCUACCGCUGUCUUGCUUAGAUCCCUUCGUCGGCGUGAACUUGCUUCCGCUCCAAUCUCUGCUUAUAAAUCUUUGGUUGGCAACACCAAGUCAGCAUGGAUUUCAGCCAAUUCAAGCUACAAUUGGGCAAGUCUCACCAGACCGUUUAGCUCGAAACCCCUUGGAAAUGAAGUAAUUGGUAUUGAUUUGGGUACAACAAACUCUUGUGUAGCUGUUAUGGAGGGCAAGAAUCCCAAAGUGAUUGAGAAUUCUGAAGGAUCUCGAACUACACCAUCAGUGGUUGCUUUUAACCAGAAAGGAGAGUUACUCGUUGGUACACCAGCCAAGCGUCAAGCAGUCACCAACCCUAACAACACACUCUUUGGGACCAAGCGUUUGAUUGGGAGACGAUUUGAUGAUCUACAAGUACAGAAGGAAAUGAAGAUGGUUCCAUACAAGGUUGUUAGGGCUCCAAACGGAGAUGCCUGGGUUGAAGCUAAUGGGCAGCAGUACUCUCCUAGCCAAGUUGGAGCCUUUGUUCUGACUAAGAUGAAGGAAACUGCAGAGGCCUACCUGGGCAAGACAAUUGACAAAGCUGUGAUUACAGUUCCAGCUUAUUUUAAUGAUGCUCAAAGACAGGCUACAAAGGAUGCUGGGCGAAUUGCUGGUCUUGAUGUCCAAAGAAUUAUCAAUGAGCCGACUGCUGCUGCACUUUCUUAUGGUUCCAACAACAAAGAGGGUCUUGUUGCGGUCUUUGAUCUUGGGGGUGGCACAUUUGAUAUUUCCAUCUUGGAGAUAGCAAAUGGUGUAUUUGAGGUCAAAGCAACCAAUGGUGACACCUUUUUGGGAGGAGAGGACUUUGACAACGCUCUGUUGGAAUUUUUGGUUAGUGAGUUCAAGGGAAAUGAAGGAAUUGACCUGACAAAAGAUAAGCUUGCCCUGCAAAGGCUCCGAGAAGCAGCUGAGAAGGCUAAAAUAGAGCUUUCAUCAACCACCCAGACUGAAAUUAAUUUGCCAUUUAUUACAGCUGACGCGUCUGGGGCAAAGCAUUUGAACAUCACAUUGACGAGAUCAAAGUUUGAGACUUUAGUUAAUCACUUGAUUGAAAGGACCCGACAACCUUGCAAGAAUUGUUUAAAGGAUGCUGGUGUGUCUAGUAACCAGGUUGAUGAGGUACUACUAGUUGGAGGAAUGACUCGGGUACCGAAGGUACAGGAAGUGGUAGCAGAGAUUUUUGGUAAGAGCCCAAGCAAAGGUGUGAAUCCUGAUGAGGCAGUAGCCAUGGGAGCUGCAAUCCAGGGUGGAAUACUUCGUGGUGAUGUUAAGGAGCUCCUGCUUCUGGAUGUCACUCCCCUUUCACUUGGUAUUGAGACAUUAGGUGGUGUCUUUACUAGAUUGAUCAACAGGAACACAACUAUUCCUACAAAGAAAAGCUCGGUGUUUUCAACUGCUGCUGACAACCAAACCCAAGUGGGUAUUAAAGUACUGCAAGGAGAGCGAGAGAUGGCAUCGGACAAUAAGCUUCUUGGGGAGUUUGAACUUGUGGGUAUCCCACCUGCACCGAGGGGCAUGCCUCAGAUAGAGGUCACAUUUGAUAUUGAUGCAAACGGCAUUGUCACAGUGUCCGCCAAGGACAAGAGCACUGGUAAAGAACAGCAGAUCACCAUCCGUUCAUCUGGUGGUUUAUCAGAGGCUGAAAUUGAGAAGAUGGUCAGGGAAGGUGAGAUGCAUGCGCAAAAGGAUCAAGAAAGGAAGGCAUUAAUUGAUCUUAAAAACCAGGCAGACACCACCAUAUAUAGCAUAGAGAAGAGCGUGAGUGAGUACAAGGACAAAGUUCCAGCUGAAGUGGUGUCUGAAAUUCAGGCAGCGGUGUCAGAUUUGAGAGCUGCAUUGCAAAAUGACAACGCCGAUGAGAUCAAAGCAAAGCUUGAUGCUGCAAACAAAGCUGUUUCAAAGAUUGGAGAACACAUGUCUGGUUCAGGUCAAUCAGGUGGUUCUGCCUCUGGAGGUUCUCAGGGUGGUGACCAGGCCACUGAAGCAGAAUACGAAGAGGUGAAGAAGUAGAUUGCUGAUAAUGGUAGGAGGCGAAUAUGAGAUUGCUCUCAAAGGUUUUUUCUUGUUUGCGGAGUAGAAGUUAAUUAAAUCCGUUUUGUAUUUAAACUUGGAAGCUUAGCUUUGGCUGUACUGGAAGCACUAAUUGAUCUUGUGAAGUCCAAAACUUCAGUGGUAGAUUGCUAAGUGAAAUUUUUGCAGUCGCAGCACCCAUUUGCUAAUUGAAGUAGGCCCUGGUGGUGUGGUUAUCGCGUCAAUAAAUAUGUUGUUUCUGGAUGGACAUCUCAA